AUGACAACAACGACAACAGCAACAACAACAACUACAACAACAGCAACAACAACAACAACAACAACAGAAACAACAACAACAACAACAACGACGACAACAACGACGACAACAACAACAACGGCGACAACUACGACAACAACAACCACAACAACAACCACAACGACAACAACUACAACAACAACAACAACGACAACAACAACGACAACAACUACAACUACAACAACAGAAACAACAACAACUACAACAACAACGACAACAACCACAACAGAAACAACAACAACUACAACUACAACAACCACAACAACAACCACAACAGAAACAACAACAACUACAUCAACGACAUCAACAACAACAACGACAACAACGACAACCACGACAACAACAACAACUACAACAACAACGACAACAACAACAACAGAAACAACAACAACUACAUCAACAACAACAACGACAACAACAACAACAGAAACAACAACAACUACAUCAACAACCACAACAGAAACAACAACAACUACAUCAACGACAUCAACAACAACAACGACAACAACGACAACCACGACAACAACUACAUCAACAACAACAACGACAACAACAACAACAGAAACAACAACAACUACAUCAACAACAACAACGACAACAACAACAACAACCACGACAGAAACAACAACAACGACAACAACGACAUCAACGACAACAACCACAACACAAACAACAACAACCACAUCAACGACAUCAACAACAACGGCAACAACAACAACAACAACUACGGUAACAACAACAACAACAACAACAACGACAACGACGACAACAACAACAACGACAACGACGACAACAACAACAACAACAACGACAACAACAACAACAACGACAACGACAACAACAACAACCACAACAGCGACAACAACAACAACCACAACAACAACAACAACAAAAACAACAACAACAACAUCAACAACAACAACCACUACACCCAUUCCCUGUAAUUAUAGCAGCAACGGACUGCUUCUAUCACUUACAAGUUCUCCACCACUCGUGUGGACACUAUAUAGUGGUUCCUUCGUAGCAACAUCGACUACCACUAUUCUUCGCAUUACCUCUGCUACAGCCAACACUAAUAGAGAUUGGUAUGUCGAUAAUGUUACUAUAGCAGCUAGUAGUAGUCCAUCAACGAAUUUGAUUGUCAACUCAAAUUUCGAAAGUGGUGCUUCAAGUGGUUGGGAAGUAUCUUCAUGCGGUGGAACUUGUACUGGGUCGAUACAUCAAUCUUCGAGUUGCUUAAACAGCACCGGUUGGUGCUACAACAACGCAUGUGCGGACACUAGCAACCUACAAUUUCUCCAACAAUCAUUUACUACCGUUAUUGGUACGACAUACAACACCAAUUAUUGGCUAUACAGAGGAGGUAAUGGUGUAGCAAAUGGAAUUCAAAUGUAUGUUAAUUGGUUUCCAAGCUGA